AUGAAUUGUCUUCGUAGAGUUGGGUUUUCUCUUACUCGAGCUGUUAAACAGUUCUCUACUUCCUCUCAAAAUUCCCAAAAAGUUGCGAUUUUGGGUGCUGCUGGAGGCAUUGGCCAGCCUCUUGCACUUCUUAUGAAACAGUCCCUAUUUGUUUCUGAAAUUGCUUUGUAUGACAUUGCCAAUGCCGCUGGAGUUGCUGCUGAUCUGAGUCACAUCGAGACUCGCCCUACCGUCUCUGGACAUACUGGACCUGAAAAUCUUCAAGCUGCUCUUUGUAGUUCAAAAGUGGUACUUAUUCCAGCUGGCGUUCCCAGGAAACCAGGAAUGACUCGCGAUGAUCUUUUCACUACCAACGCCUCCGUUGUGGCUGAUCUUGUUAGAGCUUGUGGCAAGCACUGUCCGGAGGCAAUGAUUUGCAUUAUCACCAAUCCGGUCAAUAGCACCGUACCAAUUGCUGCUGAAAUUCUUAAGAAAGAGGGUGUUUACAAUCCCAAACGGCUUUUUGGUGUGACCACUCUCGAUAUUAUCCGUUCGAAUACUUUCAUUGCUCAGGCUAAGAAUCUGGAGGUUACAAAGGUAUCGUGUCCUGUUAUUGGCGGCCAUUCUGGAACUACUAUUAUUCCAGUCUUCUCACAAUGCACCCCUGCAGUUAAUUUCCCUCAAAAAGUACGCGAGGAACUGGUCACUCGCAUUCAAAACGCUGGCACUGAAGUUGUGAACGCGAAGGCUGGCGCUGGUUCAGCAACUCUUUCAAUGGCCUAUGCCGGUGCUCGUUUCGCCAAUUCCCUUCUUCACGCAAUGAAGGGUCACGCUGACAUAGUUGAAUGCUGCUUCGUAGAAAGCGAUGUAGCUGAAACGGAAUUCUUUGCCUCACCAGUCCUUCUUGGUCCCAACGGUGUUGAAAAAGUUUUCGGUGCUGGCAAGCUGAAUGAAUUCGAGAUUGAAUUAUUGAAGAAUGCGAUGCCAGAAUUGAAGAAGAAUAUACAGAAGGGCAAGGAGUUCGCUGCUAAAUAUUAA